AUGUCUCGAAUCAUCCAUCUGAGCUCCCGUGCACUGCUGACCCUCCGCGGUCCCGAUUCGGUGUCCCUUUUGCAGAAUCUCGUCACCAACGAUAUGAGGCGUCUGGGCGACCAGAAAGUGAUGGCUUCGUUCCUGCUCAACGAGAAGGGCCGUAUCGUUGAAGAUUUGCUCAUCUACCGUCAUGACGACGGCGCACUCGUUGAGUGUUCAGCGAAGAACCAGAAAGAUUUCAAGAAGUUGCUGGAAAAAUACAGACUUCGAAAGCAGGUGGAAAUCGAAGAUAGCCCGGACAGCGUCUACUACACUUCUGAGCCAACAAAAACGCCUGAUCCAAGAACGCCGGCACUAGGCUACAGGUUGCUCGGAAAGCACGAAUCUGAUGGAAAGCUCGAUGAAUACAAAGCUCUUCGUUAUUCGGUUGGCGUGGCUGAAGGAAAAAGCGAGCUCGGCGACCUGCUUCCUUUCCAUGCAAAUGGUGACGUCCUGCACUGUGUCUCGCUUGAGAAGGGCUGCUAUAUUGGACAGGAGCUGACAGCUCGUACGGCACAUACUGGAGUCAUUCGACGACGCAUCAUUCCUUUCACAUGCAAUGAGGAGGCCGCUCCACGAGGCGAAGUUUUCGAUUCAGAAAAACGAAAGGUGGGCGAAACCAUUGCGUCGGUGGGUGGCCAUGGAUUAGCCUUGAUACAACUCAAUUCGACUGGACGCAAGCUGUUCGUUGGCGAGACUUCAAUCGUCCCCUUCUGCCCCGCUUGGAUGCCCCCGAAGCUCUACUCUGCAGCCCCGUCCCCGAAA